AUGUUCUUUCCCCAACGUCUUAGACCUUACUUCGUCUUCAGGAAACCGCGAAAGCAGCGCUCAACUUCCAAAACGAAACAGAGUCAAGUUGAGGAUUUCCGCCUUGGCUACCCACGAUUCUCGGCACUCAUCUCAGCGCAUAACUCUUUCCAAAUAUGUCGUAGCUUUCGUCAACUACGAACUCGUCUACUUCUUAUCAAACAACUGAAACUAUCCGAUCUAGAGGAGCAACUAAUAAAGCUAGACAAUGAGGAACAGCGAGGCUCGAUUUUGGCGAGUAAUAGACAGGAUAACAAUUUGAGCCGGAAGCAAGUGAUUGUAGACAUUGAUCAGGCGCUAGCAGAUUAUGAUCAGCUCAUCGAGAGAAAUCACCAAAUUUUGGCUCUAGAUCCUGCGGAAGAUCGAGAUGUAUCCAGUAUUCGGAAUUGGUUGAACGCAAACGGUUGCAUGGCACGAGAUGAGGUUAAAUACUUGGAUCACACGAGCGACUUAACGAGCGUUGUAGCUUCCCACGAUGCGACAAUGUUGACAUUUGAGGCGUGGCUUGAACGUACCCUGCUUCGUCUCUGGAAAGGGUUGAGGCACCGUUCUAUGUUCGAUGUUUCACGAGACCCAACGGUUCACAUUUCAUCGAACUCUGCGUUCCGGAUAGCGACGAGAACGUUGACAGGCUCGGUUAUCGUCUCACUGUUGCUGAUCCCGAUAUUCAUCUGCAAUACGGUACAGCGCACAAAAGUACGCCUGGGUGUCGUCGCCGUUGCUGCGAUUCUCUUCGUCGCCAUCUUGUGCGGACUUACGCGCGCUAAGCCAAUUGAACUGUUUGUAGCUGGAGCCACGUAUACUACAGUGCUAGUGGUAUUCGUUUCAGGGGUCACCUUCGACUAA